UCUCCUGGAUUCCUUCAAUCCACACAUGUUCCUUUUAUUCCUUCUCAUCUGAUUAUGAAACAUACAAAACCCUAAACGAAUCAUCAGGAAAACAGAGGUGCCGCUUCUUUUGCACUUUCUUUUCCUCACAUUUUCAUUUUAUUUUGUAUUAGAAGAGCCAAACAGCUGUUAAGAGCAAAUGGCAGAUUCGACGGUCAUCAACGGCGAAGUGGAGAAUCAGAUGGCGGACAAUUUCUACGACGCUGAUGAAGCCAAACUCACUGAACAGGAUAGCAAAAUUAAAGCGCUUGAAAGUGAGAAACUGGACCUGAGCAACGAGAACAAAGAGUUGAAGGAGAAGAUGAAAAAGGCGACCUUAGAAAUUGAUCAACUGCGAAACAAGGAAGAAGAAAUGAGGCAAGAAAUGGAUAACUGGGAAGAAGACAAGAAGGUUCUGGAAUCAGUCGCCGCGAGAUCGGCUGAUCUCGAAACCGAGGUUGCGAGGCUUCAACAUGAUCUGAUCACUUCGAUGAGUGAUGCAGAUGAAGCGAACAAGCAGUCGAUGGAGUUGAAGAGAGAAUUGGAAGAGAAAGGGUUGGAGAUUAAGAGAUUGGACAAGGAAAUCACUGAACUGAAGAAAGAGAAAGUUGAGAACGAGAAGAGAGAGAGGGAGUUGGAGAGGAAAUUAGGGGUUCUAGAAGUGAGGGAAUCGGAGGAGAGGAGCAAAAAUGUUAGGAUGGAAGAGGAGCUGAGGCAACAGCUGGAUGUAUUCAAGAAUAAAGUUAAGGACCUGGAAGCAGAGGUGGCGAGAACGAGGGUUGAACUGGAGACGACUAAGGAAGAACAACGAGAAUCCGAGGAGAGGGCGAUGGGCUUCAAGUUAAAGUUGUUGGAAUUGAAGGAGGAGGUAGAGAAGAAGGCUGCUGAUGGUAUCAAUGGGAAAUCAAGAGAGAUUGUUGAGACUGCUGAGAGUAAAGAGAAAGGGCUAAAUGUUCCGCCGCUUGUGGCAGCAGGAUCGGCUGCAGCUGUCCUUGUUGCGGCUGCUGCGGUGUAUCUUUGCUGUAGGAAGCGGUCGUAAUUGAUGAUUACUGGUGCAUGAUCAUCGCGGUUAGGAUUUCAUUAUACGAAUAAUGAAUCUGGGUCAAUUUUUGAUAGGUACUGGGAUUUUCAAUUUUCUGCCCAUGAAUCUCACUUUCUUCUACUACUAUAUACUUAUGUUGUUUGCUAGUUGGCAAUUAUAAUUUUGAAAACCAGUGUGGCACUUCCAUUUAGUUUUUGAAGGAAUUUCUGCAGUUUGGCUUGAUGCUUUAA